AAAUCCUGCAAGAAUGGGAGAGCCAUCAUCUGCCUAGUUCUGCUAGUCAAUCCAGGGAAGACUCUUUAGGAGAAAUAAACAACAACCCUGCUUUAAGCCAAACUAAUGGAGAGAAUGUGCAUAAGGAAAAAACCACAAGUACCGAUGGUUCCGUUGACGAAAACGUCGAACGAACAGAAGAUAGGCAAAAGGAUAUCGUAACAUCUUCCUGCACUUCGCCGAGAUCCACACCUGAUCAAGAAGUUAAUAACCAGCAGCAUACACAUCAUAAGGUAGAACAUUCCUACACUAAAAACACCCCUACAAUAACAACAUCUAACAGCAGCAGUCUUACUGAAGGUCAUUUGGAAGAAGAAUGGAAGCCUUGGACACCUAAAAGCAACAAUAAUUACUUGGAGAGGUUUCGUCCUGUGGACAACAGCCCAGAGAAAGUAGUUAGUCCUUUAAUCCAAACAUCUAAAAAUAGGAAUCUUCCACCUAAUUCUCAGAGUGAUAGCAGUCGGGGUGAUCCGGGGGAUGUUCCUGUUGAAUCUCCCUUUUCGGAUGUCUUCAGUGAUUCUGGGGAUGAGUCUGAGACUGGAAGUGACAUGGAAGAGGAAGAUGACCACGAAGAUUUCUCUCGUGGCUUAGAUGCUUUCCUCAGAGCAGUCGUAGCAAGGAAAAAGGAGAGACGAGUUGCACUGGAGAGAUACUCCCUCCAGUCCACUCAUGUUGGCAUAGAGCACCGUCUCAUUGCGGCAGCAACUUUCAAUAAAAAUUACAGAAUUCCUGGGACCAGAGUUGUGUAUUUAUCACUUUUAACUGUUCGGAAGAGAUUUCGAAGAUGUGGAAUCGGAAAGUUCAUGUUAAAAAAAAUCAAAAGCCCUUCUCAAGUUGGACCUUAUGAUGCUUUGGUGGUGAGAGCUGAUCCGACAGCCUUGAAUUUCUUCCUCAAAAACAACUUCACGGAUGACCUUAUUCUCAAUAGCCGAUUUAGAGAGCUGGAAAUUGAUGGUUGCCCAAAAGGUACACUCUUGUGCUAUCUUCCCCCUUUUGAUGGUCAUUAUCCACCACUUCCAGGGACCCAAGAAUGGAACAGUGCAGAUGCAAUGGUGGCAAUGGAAGAGGAGGUAGAAAAAUGGAGACAGAAGAGCUUAGAAGCAUACCAAACGCAAGUCACAUGCCUAACAAGACUGCAGCAGGAAGUACUUAGACUCCAUAACUUGCUAAGGAGACAAGAUGCUACAAUACAAUUCCUGAAAAAAGAAAAUCAAAGGCUGCAGGGCAGACUUACAAAAGUUGAGAGGAAAUCUGCACAAGCAUUAAUUGAUGUUUUAGAGAAAGAAGCUGCUGACUUUGAACGCUUUUGUACCAUCCAGUAUCAAAACAAUGACAGUAGAUGACUCCUUGAUGACUCAACAGUAUUCAGUUGCAACUGAUGAUUGUACAGGUUAUUUUCAUAAUGUAUAAGAGGUGUUAUUCUCUAUAUGUAAUCUAUUUAAAACUUAUAACAUCUUUGCUUAUAAAUAACAAGAAAUUUUGUGAAUUUCUCAGUGGUUCAUAAAAUACUAUGAAAGGUACUUCCUAAAUUGGAAAUUGAUGUAAAAUGUUAGUGAAAUGUAUUCUACAACUGUAUUUAGUAGUUACUUCAUAUAAACAAAAGUAGAUCUAUAAA